CGACCCUUCUACUAGUUCUUCGGGCUGAGCAGAGCCCUGGCACCAAUGCAGCAUAAUAAUCAUAUAUAGUCGGUUCAGGCGGUUGCUUAUUUUUAUCUUUUCCAUGGUUCAUCGACCUUGACAGUGGAACUGUAUGCGAAAACGUUGACGUUCUCUUAUUAGACUUUUUUCUUUGCUUCUUGGACGGCUUCCCCACAACGAUUCAGCCCACCAUUUGCGCGCCCGUGAGCGUUGCGCAACGACAAUGGCUACCAGAGAUAACGUGAUGUCGCAUCGGAAGCGGUCCAUAGCUGAAGAGCCCGUGACGUCGGUGCUCCCCGAUGGCGAUGUCCCGUACGAUCCUAGGCAUUCAUUUAAUCCCGAUGAGGAGGUACUGGCUGCGCUUGGAUACAAGAGCGAAUUCAAGAGAGAGUUCUCGCUGUUUACGACUUUUUGCGUGAGCUUUGCGGUGCUGGGGUUGCUGCCCAGCUUUGCGAGUACGCUGACCUAUGGCAUGGGAUAUGCAGGUACGGCUGGGAUGACAUGGGGAUGGAUCAUCGCCAUGUUGGGAAUCCAGUGCGUGGCAAUGAGCAUGGCCGAGCUGUGUAGUUCAAUGCCAACAAGCGGAGGGCUAUACUAUGCCGCAGCUGUUUUGGCACCCCCAGGUUGGGGGCCAUUCGCCGCUUGGCUAACGGGCUGGAGCAAUUGGCUUGCUCAAGUGACUGCAGCGCCAUCCGUGAACUAUGGCAUAUCUGCUAUGAUCCUCGCUGCCGGCUCCAUCAACAACCCAGACUACGUGCCCACAGACUGGCAAACCUUUCUUCUCACGGUCUUCAUAAUGAUCCUGCACGCAAUCCUCUCCUCCAUGCCUACGAAGUGGCUCGCACAGUUCAACUCCGCGGGCUCGACAUUCAACUUCGUCGCACUCAUAAUCGUCAUCAUUCUGAUCCCAGCGGGGACUAACCGCUCCUCACGAGGUCUUCCAAGGUUCACUCCAUCUAGCGAAGUUUGGGGUACCAUCUACGAGGGCACAUCGUUCCUGCCCGGCGUGAGCGUGCUGAUGAGCUUUAUUGGUGUGAUAUGGACAAUGAGUGGAUAUGACAGCCCCUUCCAUCUAGCAGAAGAGUGCUCAAACGCCAACCUUGCGUCGCCGCGCGCCAUCGUUCUUACCUCCGCAACGGGAGGCAUCUUCGGGUGGUUCCUGCAGCUCGUUGUUGCGUAUACGGUCGUCGAUAUUGAUCAAGUUCUCGACUCCGACCUUGGACAGCCAUUCGCUGCAUACCUCAUCCAAUGCAUGACGCAGAAGAUGACGCUGGCGAUCCUUGCACUCACGAUUAUUGCGGGCUUCUCCAUGGGUCAGGGCUGUAUGAUUGCGGCGAGUAGAGUCACGUUUGCGUAUGCGCGCGACGACUGCUUUCCACUCAGCAAUUAUUGGAAGCAAGUGAAUAGAUACACGCAAACGCCUGCAAAUGCUGUGUGGUUCAACUGCGCGGUCGGCAUUCUGUGCUUGUUGUUGAUUCUGGGCGGGUCAGUACCUAUUGGUGCACUGUUCUCUAUUGGUGCUAUUUCCGCUUUUGUUGCAUUUACCAUACCCAUCUUCAUACGCGUCUUCUUCGUAGGAAAGCGCUUCCGGCCAGGACCGUGGAACCUCGGGAAGUUCUCCAUGCCCAUCGGUGCUUUUGCAUCUGCAUUCGUGUUGCUCAUGGUGCCCAUCCUGUGUCUGCCUAGUUCUACCGGCGCUGAGUUGAACGCUGCGAAUAUGAACUGGACCUGUGUAGUAUAUGGAGGCCCCAUGUUAAUUGUUACAGUAUGGUGGUUCGUCUCAGCGCACAAGUGGUUCAAGGGACCAAAAGUCAAUAUCCAACAUAUGAUGCUUGGACGUGAAGAAGCGAUUGUCGAGGGACAGAGUGCUGCAGAGGACCAUGAAGAUAGCUCGUCGGGCGACGCACACGCGGCGGAAAAGGCCACGAAGUCCUGAGAAGGUGUGCAGAGAGUAGGGCUUGUUAUACCCUGUGUUGGAAUUGUAUGUUGUAGCAUUGCUAAAUUAGUUGAAUGGAUACCAAAUUUUUCGAAGUGGCGCGUACCCUUGCAAUCGCUUAUU